GGUCAAAGUUCACGCCACUGAAACACGUUUCUGGGCAUCAUAUUUAUCGAAUAUCUGUACGGAUUUGUGCUCCUUAGACAGCCGCACAGGCUAAUUACGUGAUUUGUGAAUUAUGUUGGUCUUAUGUAUAACAGUUUAGUGUGAAUGGUAGUGAAUUGCAAAUUUGUCAGAGACAAUACUUCUGUGGGCUCUCUCGUAACAUUCAGGAGAAUUUUGAUGCCUUUACACGCUUUCUAAUAUGAGGAUAUUUUUAAAACUAAAUAGUCUGCGGAAGCCGUCUGUAUAUGUCAAAGUUCCAGGGGUACUCGCUUUAAGGUGGAGAUUGCAGAGAUGUCGCUUCUGUUCUUCACCUCAAAAUGAACCGAGUAACAUUUCAGUGCUCAGACACCUGACAUCAAAAAUCAAGGCAACAGGUCCAAUCUCAGUAGCAGAGUACAUGAAAGAGGUUCUCGCCAACCCCGUUUCGGGCUAUUAUGUACGCAACGAUAUGUUAGGAGCGGACGGAGAUUUUAUAACAUCUCCUGAGAUCAGUCAGAUCUUUGGAGAGCUACUUGGGAUCUGGUGUGUGAGCGAGUGGUUGGCAGCUGGAAAACCCAAGCACUUCCAACUGGUGGAGUUUGGUCCUGGCAGAGGUUCACUGGUCGCCGACAUUCUCCGGGUUUUCAGCCAGCUGGGGGCACUGUUGCAAAGCACAAACUUAUCUGUGCAUUUGGUGGAGGUGAGUCCCAGGCUCAGCCAGGUUCAGGCACAAAACUUAACUGGAGAGGACAGCCAAUCUGCCAGCGACGAGAACGAGCCCGCUUACCGCAGGGGGACCACAACCACUGGCCUGCCCGUCUCCUGGUACCGCAGGAUCGAGGAUGUGCCAGUGGGCUUCAGUCUCUACCUCGCUCAUGAGUUUUUUGAUGCCUUACCUAUCCACAAGUUCCAGAGAACAGAACGCGGCUGGCGGGAGGUCAUGGUGGACAUCGAUCCAGACGUGGCAGACAGGCUGCGAUUCGUGCUGAUUCCAGCCCCGACUCUGGCAUCUUCUACGCUCAUACAGGCAGAUGAGCAGAGAACGCAUGUAGAAGUCUGCCCUGAAGGGGGAGUCAUCAUUCAGAAGCUGACCAAUCGCAUUGCAGAAUACGGGGGCGCGGCUCUUAUCGCAGACUACGGACACGAUGGGACUAAGACGGACACUUUCCGAGGGUUUCAAGGUCACAAGCUUCAUGACCCACUUGAGGCCCCUGGUACUGCAGACCUGACAGCUGACGUGGACUUCAGCUACCUGCAGAGGAUGGCGGGUACCGGGGUGGCCUGCCUUGGUCCCGUCACGCAGCGCCACUUCCUGCACAACAUGGGUAUCAGCAUUCGCUUGCAGGUUCUGCUUCAGAACUGCCCCGAUGCCUCCACUCAGCGGCACCUGCUCCAGGGCUUUGAUAUGCUCACCAGCCCAGAGAAGAUGGGCGAGCGCUUCAAAUUCCUUGCCCUGGUGAACCACCAGCGCCUCUCCUCUCCAGUGGCAGACACAAAGUCGGGGAAGAAGCCCCCUGCACCACUUCCUGUAGCUGGAUUCUACGAACUGGGACCCUUGCAGGGGAGGAACUAAGGAGUACACACUGAGAAGGGGCCCAGAGGUCAUAGGUCAGGCAUGAUAGCUACUGUGUGGAGGGCGGGAGGCGUGUGGUGUUAGCAGGCGGAGUGAGCCUCUCCUUAGCUGAGUUAGUGUUUCUCCUCAUUAGGAUAGAGCCGAAUUAACAGUAUAUUAAAUGCCUGAAUGUACAUCUAAGAACUCAUCACCAUUUGCUGUUUUUAGAUAUUUAAAGGAUGCAAGGUUCUAGAUUUUUAAUGGAUAUGAAGCAGACUUUUGUCAUGCUCUGCAGCGAAUGAGAUCUAAUUGAGCCAUUAAACAUCCAUUUACAAUUGA